AUGGACCAGUCUUCCGUGGCUGCAGCGGGUGCAGCCCUGGUGGCGUCCGUCGGGAACAUGACGACGUCCGCGACGAACAAGCUGCAGGAUGUCUCCCGGAAGGUCGCGCUGGCAAGGUUGCUGGACGACAAGAGCAGCACCAGCACCAGCACCAGCACCAGCAGCGACAAAGCUGUCGACGGCAAGGAAAACAGCAGCGUUAACAGCACUGCAAGCCGAGAUCUCGCGGGCAGGAAAGUAUUAUCGGAAAGCGGCAACAGUAACAACAACAACAACAACACCGCCAGAGGAGCAGGCCACACGAAUCACGGCGACCUCGAGGCCUUGCGAGACCUACGCAACCUCAGCUCCAUCGUGUCCGAAGUCGAGCGGAGGGCGGCGGCGUUACGCGAAGCCAUUGAUGCCCACCGUCGAGACAAUGAGGCUCGUCGCGCCAUGUCCGACGCGACUCGGCAGCAGACCGCGCAGCUAGCCGCCACCUUGUCGGCCCUCCCCGAACACCUCCCGCAUGCCGCGGAGGAGGUGCCCGCCGCGCGGGAGGCUGCUGUGAUGGCCAACGCGGCUGCUGAUGAUGACGCUGCUGCUGCUGCUGCUGUGUCGACGGUCCCUCCUGCGCCUUCGGGUGGCGGCAACCGAAGAGCAAAAGCCAAAGCGGCAGAGCCAGCGGGCGGUGGGCGAGACGCCGAGCCGAACGUCGCCACCGGGCGCACGGUGAUGCCCAAGGUUGUUCCGGUAGAGCUGGUGACGGUGGGGGAACUGAACGGCGUGCCGAGGUCCACGCGGGGGCGGUUGACGAUCGAGCAGGUUAAUGCGGCGGUUACGGACAUCCAGAAGGCGAUAGAGAGAAGACAUGCCUUUCUCUCCAAACCUCGGAAGAAAAUGUCGGAGAAGCAGCGAGGUCGCCUGGAAGAGCUGCUGGGGCAGGAGGUGCCAGCGCACGGCGGGCGGCCAUUCAUCGCGGAGCCGGAUCUGAGAGCGCUCCCGUCCUUCAAGAAAGGAGAGAUGACAGCCAAGGCACUCAUCGCGACGCUGCGAAAUCUGAAGCGAUUGAAGGGGGUACGCGGAGCGGGCAUGAUGACGUACGUUGUGUAGGGGGGGGGCGUGGACGACACGACCACCGGCGACCACUCAAGGAUGAGGAUGCAACUGUGGCACGAGUAUGGGUUCGCCGGGUGUAGACCAGCCUAGCCUAGCCUACUGGUGCUGCCAUCUACGUGUCCGGAGGCUUCUGCCUCGUGGUUGAAUGACGUCGGCUACCGACCAGCCUGCUGGUUAUCGCUGCCAUAUCUAGGAGUUGAACAAUAGUUGCUGUUGGUGCCCCGUUUUGCCGCAGCGUAUACUGAGCGCAAGAGGCAAAGCGAACAAAGAAAGGCCGAGAGAGGUUGGGGGGAGGGGCAGGCAGACAGAGCGGUGCGUGGGGCCAGCCGUAUGAAU